AUGGAAACAAGAUCAGCAAAACGUAAGAAAAUAGCUCAAAUUUUACAAGAAAAUGAAGCCAAAUUGAAACUAUCAUCAAUAGAUAGAAUCAGUGAUUUACCUGAUCAUGUUAUUCAUCAUAUCCUUCUUUUACUUCCAAUUAAAUGUGUUGCACAAAUGAGUGUUCUUUCUAAGAGAUGGAAAUUUCUUUGGAUUACUUUUCCUGAUCUUGAUUUUACAACCCUUAAUCCAUUUCCACUUAUUUCUACCAAAAAUUAUAAAAAAGUUUCCAAAUUUGAAAAAUUAAGAUACCCUUUAUCUUCACAAAAUAUGGAUUUCAUCACUCAAGUGCUUUCUAUUCGCAACGCGAAGAAUAAAGACAUUAGGGCUCUUUGUUUUCGCGCUUGUUUGAGUUUUUCGCGUUUAAAUAAUUUAGUUCGUAAUGCUAUUAGGCAUAAUGUUAGAGAACUUGAUAUUGAAGUUGACACGGAAGUUGAUACAGAUGAUUUUUUCAAUUUUCCUAGAUGUGUUAUUAGUAGUGAAUCUUUAAAAGUUUUGAAAUUGAAAUCGGGUUUUCGUUUACCUCCAUCAUCGAUUAUGAGAAACGGGUUUCAAUCUUUGCAUACAUUGUCGUUAUCAUUAGUUAUUUUGUAUAAUCAGCCUUCUCUAUCCGAUCUAUUUUCUGAGUCGUCUUUUCCUCUUUUGAGAAAUUUGCAUCUUGAUAUGUGUUUCGGAUUAAUACAUCUUCGUGUUGGUUGUCGCGCUCUCGAAGAUUUGAACUUGGAAAGAUGUUAUCACUUACAAGGUUUGGAUGUAUGUGGUGCGAAAAUUGAAAGAAUGAGAGUAACAAGUUGUUUUGAUGCAUAUUGUAACAAGACUUGGGUGAGAAUGAAUGUGCCAAAGCUCGAAAAAUUGAUUUGGAAAUUUAAUGCUGUGACUGAUGUUACUGUUUUUGAGAAUUCAAAUUUGUUGCAUGAGGCUUCCAUUGGUUUCUUUAUGUUGAAGGAAGGUAAAGUUAAUAUGGGUAGGCUUCAAAGUGCUAACGACUUCUUCUCUGGAUUGUCUCAUGUUCGAUCCUUAGCUCUUGAAAGCCAGACUAUCGAGAUUCUAUCAAAGUAUAACAUUAUUAUUCAGCCAUUUUAUAAUCUUAAAUCAUUAGAGUUGCAUACUGGUUUGAAGAAAAGAAAUGUUCAAGCAUUAGCAUUCCUAUUCAGAUGCUCUCCUACCCUCCACACAUUGAUUCUGGAGAUCAUUAAUGAUUACAAGAUUGAAAGAAAACAAUGGAAUAGGGACUUAUGGAGCAUAACUAGCACAGAAGAGGAGCAAUAUUGGGAAUCACAAAUUCCAAGUUUGAAAUCUUUUCUACAACACUUAAAAGUGGUGAAAAUUCAAGGCUUUCUUGAUUGUGCAAAUGAAGUUACAUUAGCUAAGUUUCUUCUGAAGCAUGGAAAAGCUUUGGAAGAAAUGAUAGUGUGCUCAGGGUAUUCAAAUAGAAGAGAUUCUUUGAGGAGACAAAACAUAAGGUCACAAAUGAUGGGAUUUUCUUGGGCUUCUUCAAAUGCUAAAGUGGAGUUUCAGUAG